AUGGACAAGGCUGCACUUCGAGAGCAGUUGGCAAAUAUGGCGCUGGAGAACGAGACACUGAGAUCUGCUCUGCCUAAAGGAGCUUUCAGUGAAGCAGGUUGUAAGCUACUAGUGACCUGUGCAGGGUUCAGCCAUGCAUCUGGAAAUUCAGGGCAAGAAACCGUGGAUCGUGUGUGUCCUUUCGAAAAAUGCUGGAAAUCCAUGAGUUGUUUUGAGAUAUGGGGACUCCUGCCGGCGCACGAAGCUUCGGACACAUCGGAAGAGGACCAGACCGCACGGACCGCAUUGCACAGGGCCGCUGCGGCCGGAGACCCGGAGAGGGUGAGACAGCUGCUGGAGGGAGGAGGGGACACGCGGGCCCUGGAUUGGAAUGGAUGGACGCCCCUCCACAUGGCCCUGAUCUGUGGAAAGGAGACCGCGGCGGAGGUGCUGGCCGAGGCCGACUGCAUCACGGACAUCCGGGACGACGAGGAGUGCACCCCCCUGCAUUAUGCUGCGCAGGAAGGAUGCGUGGGGGUGAUCCGGAAGCUGCUCGAUGCCGGAGCAGAUACGCGCCUGCAAAAUAUUCGGGGAAUGACGCCCCUCCACUGCGCACUGGACGAGGAGAGGGAAGAUGCAGCGGAGCUCCUGGCGGACGCGGACAGCAGGAACGACGUCCCGGACGAAGAAGGGUGCACCCCUCUGCAUCAUGCUGCGAUGAAGGGAUGCGUGGGAAUCGCCCGGAAACUGAUCGCCGGCGGAGCGGACACGCGUCUUCGGGACAAAGGGGGGCGUACGCCUCUGCACCACGCUCUGGCCAUGUGGAGGGAGGACGCGGCGGAGCUCUUGGCGGACGCGGACGGCGAGAACGACGUCCCGGAGGAGGACGGGCGCACCCCUCUGCUUCUCGCCGCACAGAGCGGGUACGUGGGGGUGGUGAAAAGGCUGCUGUGGUGCGGUGCCCAUCCGCACCCGAAGGACGAGUGGGGACGGUCUCCCCUGCUCAGCGCUCUGGAUGGAGGACAUGACGUUGUGAUGAGAGUGAUUAUCGCAAUGUGUGCGUUGAGAGACGUCGCCACCGACUGGGAAGCGUUGAGGCUCUCCGCUUGCGAGACGUGGUGCUGCAGCAGGCUCCUCUCCCGAUGCGAAGCGGAGAUCCGUCGGAUGAAGGACGCCCGGAUGGAGGGAUCGAGGGCGUCCUUCUGGGACGUGGCCAGGAGACACGUGAGCGAGGUCUCGCGGUACCUCGAGAGCGAGGCAGCCCGGGAGGUCUUGCGGAGCGACUCCCUCGCGAUGACGGAUUUCCCGAUCUAUCGCGACCUGGUCGCUUUCCGGGUCGUGAGGGCGGAGAGGUGGGGGGCCCUGGCUCCCCGCUGGCUGGAGUGCUUCUUCCGCGUGGCACAGGAGUUGCCCCCCACGUGCACGGAUCUCGUAUUGCUGCACCUGAGCGAGCGGGAUCUGCGCAAUUUCGUCCGUGCUGUCGAAUUUCAUCCUCCAGAGGUCUCUCGAAUUGGGAAAGAGAGUGACUGUGAAACGAGUGCCCUCAAUCUUUUUGAUAUCUAA